AUGCAGAUGAACGCAACUCGCGGGGCCAUCUUAGCGGACAAAGGUCUCUCUGACCUGUUGGUUUCAAACGGGGAGCUCAAGAAACCAGGGACAGUUAUCCGUAACCCGAAGCUGGCUCUAACCUUGAGGCAAAUCGGAGAGCAUGGUCCUAAGGCUUUUUACAACGGCACCGUUGGGUUAAACCUUGUGAGGGACAUCAGUGAAUCCGGGGGGAUUAUAACGAUGGAGGAUUUGUUGAGCUAUAGGGUUAGGGUUAAAGAACCUUUAUCCACACGCAUUCUCGGAUACAGACUUCUCGGUUUGAGAAUUCUUUCUCUUUAUGGGAUUCCGUCCGGAGUCUCAGGGCCUCUCGGGGUUCAUAGACUAGUUGAGGCCUUGAAACACGCUUUUGCGGUGAGGAUGAACCUAGGGGAUCCGGAUUUCGUCGAUGUUACUAAGGUUGUUUCGGAUAUGUUGUCUCCAAAGUUUGCAAAAGGCUUGAAGAAAAAGAUAAACGACGAGAAAACCUUUGAUCCAAAACAUUACGGCGGCAAGUGGAAUCAGAUUGAAGAUCAUGGGACAAGCCAUUUGUCGAUCAUAGAUAGCGAGAGGAAUGCUGUUUCGAUGACUAGUACAAUAAACGGUUACUUUGGGGCAUUGAUGCUAUCUCCACGCACCGGAAUUGUUCUGAACAACGAAAUGGAUGAUUUCUCGAUCCCGCUGAAUUCCAGGUAA